AUUUCAUAGAUCCCUAUCUGCUAAGAUGCAAAUAAAAUGUAGUCAACUGUUUAUUUUAUGCCAGUUUUAAUGACAGAAUAGGCCCAAAAAAUGUUUUCUUUUUUAAAAAACUGCUUUUCCCCCACAGGUUUUAUUCACUGUAUGGACAACAUUUCUAUCAAUAUGAUUUUCACACUUUCUAGCCUUAAGGAAUCAAAAGCAAACAAAUAUAUAUACUUUGUUUUUAUUUUAUUUGUCUAUUUUUUAAUUAUUUUAUUUAAUCUGACUCUGAUUGUGACAAUUAUUCUGGAGAGAGCACUGCAUGAGCCCAUGUACAUCUUCCUGUGUAACCUGUGCUUCAAUGGUUUGUAUGGGACAGCUGGUUUCUACCCUAAAUUCCUGUCUGAUUUGAUUAAUGACAAUUAUCUUAUCUCAUACAAUGGUUGUGUACUGCAAAUAUUUGUAAUCUAUGGUUAUGUAAUGUGUGAAUUUGCAACUUUAAUGAUAAUGGCGUAUGACAGGUUUGUUGCAAUAUGCAAACCAUUGAACUAUCACGCCAUAAUGACACUAACAAAUACUGGCAGAUUAAUUUUAUCUUCGUGGUUGUUUACCUUGACUACUGUGAUCACUGCAAUUACGUUAACAAGGAGGUUGGAAUUGUGUGGGUCCCACAUUGAUAAAUACUACUGUGACAACUGGUCAGUUGUGAAACUGUCUUGUGUACCAACUACAAUUAAUAAUGUGUUUGGAUAUAUUUUAAUACUUUCAUUAAUAGCUCAUGCUGUUUUUAUUUUGUUUUCUUAUAUGAAAUUGAUCAAUGCAUGCAUAAAAUCACAGGAAAACAAGAAAAUAUUUAUGAAGACCUGUUUACCACAUUUACUUUCAUUAAUAAACUUUACGGUGGCUAUUCUUUUUGACACAUUGUUCAGUCGCUACGGAUCAAGGGAUUUCCCACAAAGUAUACGUGACUUCCUGCAGCUGGAGUUUCUAAUAAUUCCUCCUCUUUUAAAUCCCAUUAUAUACGGGCUGAAACUGACCGAGGUACGUAAAAGAGUUUUUAAGAAAUGUAAGGAACCAAAAAUUAAAGACUGUAGACUGCAUCGAAGAAAGAGAUAA